AUGGAGCCGCCCACUGUCUCCGGCGCGAAGCUUGCUCGCGUCCCAGAACUGGACUUCACCCAUUCCUUGUCCGAGAAGCUUUCGAUAGACACAGCCCUAUCUCCUACACAGACAACGCAGCUCGACCCAGAGACCCACUCCACCAGUCUCCAUAACCCUGACUCGCAAGCUCUGUCAAGGUCACCCGCGGACGACUUGGCGGUCUAUGAGGCUGGCCGAUCGCAGCACUUCACAUUGCGCACACUUCCAGCGUGGAUCCGGUCGGUCGAAGAAGUCGUAGACGACGAUACAACUACUGCCGCAGAUCGGCUGCUGCCUUCACAGCCUCGCGACGUGCAGGUUGCCCAACACAAUCACUCUCCUUAUGGUGUUGCAAGCCGGGACUUCGCGCCAGCGCUCGGUUCCCAGUCCGAGGAAGCCUCGCCGGCACGAGAAUCACGAUGGACGACCUUUGCGCGCUUUAUACAGUAUCCAAAGGGAACCGCCGAAGAAUCAAAAGAGGUCACACCAGACUGGUUGAAUGAGAAUCAUGGUGACUUGUCAAGUCCGUGGCGCGGAAGACUCUUGGAUGGUGAUAGUCCGGAACAUCCGCUUCACACCAAGUCUCGCCGGCGGCAGAUGUGGCUGACGCGCUUCCAUACAACGCUGCUGAGAAGCCCUAUGGUACCACUGAUUCUGCGACUCACGGUGUGGUGCUUCUCUUUGUCGGCACUGGCCCUAGGCGGGUCGCUUCAACAUAUGGCCGACAAGGGCCAUACAAAUCAAGGCCCAUCCGCGCUAAUGGCAGUCAUCGUUGAUGCUGUAGCGCUCAUAUAUUUGGUGUACAUCACCGUUGAUGAAUACACAUCAAAACCGCUUGGGCUACGCUCCCCCUCCGCGAAAGCCCGCUUGAUUCUUUUGGAUUUAUUCUUUAUCGUGUUCGACUCGGCCAAUCUGAGCUUGGCAUUCAACUCCUUAUCGGAGGUGACUGGUGCCUGUACAGAGGCUGAGGUUAACCGGGUCGUCGAUCCUCGCAACGAUCAGAUAUGCAUACGCCAAAAGGCCCUUGCAUCUGUACUCUUGAUUGCAUUGUUGGCUUGGCUUUUGACAUUUUGCCUGAGUGUUCUUAGGUAA